GAUUGUUGGAGAAAGAAGGCAAACUCGCAUCCGUCUCUUUCGCUCGACUUUGAUUCCAGGGUUGACGCCUUGUCCCAUUUCCCUUUAUAUUUCACGGAUCGUCUUCUUCCCAUCAACCAAUCUGCUCUCGGAAACCCUUUUGCGUUCAUCGGAAGCCAAAUAUCGCAGAGACAAUGACGGCUUCUUCCGGUGAAAACUCUGUGGACAGCAAAAGUUCACUCUCUGGAGUUGCUCCACUUGAAGCAGUAUUAUUUGAUAUUGAUGGAACGCUGUGUGAUUCGGAUCCAAUUCAUUACUAUGCCUUCCGUGAAAUGCUACCAGAGAUAGGUUUCAACGGAGGUGUUCCGAUUACUGAGGAGUACUAUAUUGAGAAUUUCGCUGGGAAGCAUAAUAAUGAUGUUGCCAGGAUACUCUUUCCUGAUGACUUCGAAAGAGGCUUAAAGUUCACAGAAGACAAGGAAGCCAUGUUUCGCAGAUUGGCCGUAGAUAAAUUGAAGCCUGUGAAUGGUCUCUAUAAAGUGAAGAAAUGGAUUGAAGAUCGUGGGUUGAAACGGGCUGCUGUUACUAAUGCUCCAAGAGUCAAUGCAGAGCUGAUGAUUUCAAUGCUUGGCCUCUCAGAUUUUUUUCAAGGUCUUGUCAUUGGGAAUGAGUGUGAGCAUGCUAAGCCACACCCCGAGCCCUACUUGAAGGGUCUUGAAAUACUCAAAGCGUCAAAAGAACACACUUUUGUGUUCGAGGAUUCUGUCUCGGGGAUUAAAGCAGCAGUUGCAGCCGGUAUGCCAGUCGUUGGAUUAACCACGGGAAAUCCAGAACACAUAUUAGUGGAAGCAAAACCCACCUUUCUCAUAAAGGACUAUGAGGACCCAAAGUUGUGGGCGGCAUUGGAAGAACUUGAUAAGAAGAGCGGUACUGGUAGCGGUACAAGUAGAGCAUGAAAAGUUCUAUCGUCUCAGUCAAAUGAUUAUAAGCUUAAAGGGUUACUGAAGGAUGAUUUGCAAAUGCAGUAGUAAACUCAAAAGGUUUCUUAAAUAAUUCUGUUGCUGGCGCACACUUUUAUCCGUCUAUAGCUGCAAAUUCUUGAUGCCGUAGAAGUUCUUUCGUUGAUAAAACGGAUGCUGUAUUCUUUCGCGGCCCAUUCUCUCGUAAAAUUGAAGUACCUGUUGUUGAUUUUCUUCAA